CCCCCAUUUUAAUAAAUGAAACAGCCCAAGCACCAUUUAAAGGACGGACCUCCCCCUCCAAGUGUUGAAAAGGGGAAGAUCGGAGGACGAUCACAGAGGAAAUUUAGUUACACAGGAUUCUUCUUUCAAUUAAGAACUGACAAUGCGAGCCAUGAUUCCGCUGUUGGUGGUGUUAGUCGGUGUCUUGGUGUUGAGGACAGGUGCAGAUUCAUCUUCAGCGCCAUCAGCAGCAGCAGCAGCAGCAUCAGGACCUGCAAAACCGGGACCGACUGGAGCUGCAGGACCGGGACCGUCUGGACCUGCAGCACUGGGACCGUCUGGACCUGCAGGACCGGGACCGUCUGGAGCUCCAAAAGCAGCACCAUACAACGGCACUGCCAGCGCUGUGACGUCAUCGACCUUCGGGAUAGUGCUAUCCGUUGUGGGCGUGGCCACCGUUAGACAAGUGCUGUAGACUGUCCUCCUGACCAACGUCAUCUGUCCAAGGAGAAUACUUAUCACACAAAAGGGAACGUCAGAAUUGUAUAAAUGUAUUAUUAAGUGACAUUUCACCACCUAGAAGUUCUUAUUUACACAGUUACUCUCAGGACGAUAACGUGUCUUUGUUCAUAUCUUUAAAAUAUUCAUGUUCUUUGAGGAUUUAAUUUUGGUAGUACUUCCCUAGUGACAUAAACCCUGGCAAAUUGACGUCACACUGUCUCCAUUUUCUACCUAUUUCCAUACCUUCCUGUUCUAAAUUGUACAUGAUUAAGAAUUCCAACGAAGCCAUUGCUACUUGUCUCCCCACUAAGACAAACUACCAUGUGUUUUGAUCAGUGAGUUUAUAAGUAGCCGUUCUGUGGCAAUGACUUGGGUUCGCGUGAUCACAUGUUGUAAUGUAGGGAUUGACAGAUUGUAGUUUAUGAUGUUAGCGUAGCAUCUGAAAUGACUUUGCUAAAAAACACUGUUUCUGUUCUGAAAUACACAAAAAUAAUUUUGCAAUAAAACACUGUUUCCGAUCUUUAA